UGUGUUUACGAAGCUCCCUGAUGUCAUGUAAUUAUUUAUUGAAGAAAUGUGGAGUAGUCAGUGAGUAACGCGACUGUUAUUUAAAUCGCCGUCACUCGCGUUUCUGAAGAGACCGCAGUGUUUCAGAGUAGAUUAAGCGCUUUAUGUUCACUGUCAUGAUUCACUUUAACUUCAUCUACAGCCUGGUUAAACCUGUUAAACUGAUGUGUGAAGAUGAGCUGCAGUGAGUGUCGCACUGUACUGGUGACCGGAGGCGCGGGAUUCAUUGGAUCUCAUCUGAUCUCUGCUCUGGCCGAGAGAUUCCCACACUGGCGCAUCAUAAACAUUGAUAAUCUCCAGCGCUGCUCGAGUCUGCAGAACCUGCGGGGCGUCGAGGGAAACCGCUGCUACACCUUCGUCCCGGGCGAUGUUUGCGAUCCGCUUCUCAUAGACCACCUCUUCUCCUCGCAGCGCAUCGAUGUCGUCUUCCACUGUGCGGCGGAAACUCACGUGGAGAGCUCGUUCCUGCGGCCGGCGCGCUUCAUGCGUGUGAAUGUGGACGGCACCGGUGUUCUGGUGCGAGCGGCGCUCCGGGCUCGAGUCCAGCGCUUCAUCUACAUCAGCACUGAUGAGGUGUACGGACACAGUGUGGACCAGCCGUUCGAUGAACUGAGUCCACAAAGACCCACCAACCCGUACUCGUCUUCCAAAGCUGCCGCGGAGAACAUGGUGAUGUCCUACUGGACCCAGCACAAGUUCCCGGCUGUGAUCACGAGGAGUAGUAACGUUUACGGGCCGCGUCAGUAUCAUGAGAAGGUCAUUCCCAGAUUCCUGUCACUCAUUCAGCAGGAGCAGAAAUGCACGAUCCAGGGCUCCGGCCUGCAGUCCAGACACUUCCUGUACGUGAGCGACGUCACAGACGCCUUCCUGACGGUGAUGGAGAAGGGCAUUCUGGGGGAGAUCUACAACAUCGGGAGCAGCUUUGAAAUUCCCAUCAUUCAACUCGCCAGAGAACUAGUGAAAAUGAAAGUGAAGAAUGUCUCCUGUGACGCGCUGGACGACUGGAUGGAGUUUGUUGAAGACCGUCCCGUGACGGAGCUGCGGUAUCCCAUGAGGUCCGAGAAGCUGCGCCGGCUCGGAUGGAGACCCAGAGUCACGUGGAAGGAAGGAAUCAGGCGCACCAUGGUAUGAAGAGAACCCAAACUACUGGCCGUUAAUCAGCGAAGAUCAGGAGCCCUCGCCAGAGUCAUGUGACCAGACGCUUCACAUCCAGUGCCUUUUCAAGUCAGACAAUAAAGUCUAACUAUUAACAAAGUA